GAGGUUCUCAGACCGCAGGCUUACUCGCACUCUGCUGUCACUUGUGUUUAUUACAGCUCAAGAUGCAUAGCUUGAUGGUGUUUUGCUUUUCAUCCGUGGCUCUUUUUGCCUGCGUCAAGACUGCCCUUCCACCCCCGUGUGACAGUGAAAUUUACUGCACUGGGCCCAUCCUGCAUCAGGUACAGACUGCCAAGCUGUUUGAUGAUGACAAGUACUUUGUUGACAUGAAGCUGAAGGAAGCUCCUGAUGUUGUUUUGUCGGCUUUUCGGAAUCUUUCACACGGGUUUCCAAACAUGACCAUCCCGCCUGGCGCGCUGCGGGAGUUCCUCAGCACAUACUUUGAUAAACCAGGGACGGAGUUUGAGGCGUGGACACCACCAGACUGGCAUGACAAGCCAAAGUUUGUGGGAGGAAUAGCAGAUCAAGAACUACGUAACUGGGCUGAAAUAAUACAUAAUCUGUGGAAGUCUCUCGGCAGAAAGAUCCGAGCCGGUGUUAAAGAUCACCCAGAGCUCUACUCCUAUAUAUCCACCCCAUAUCCUGUUGUCGUGCCUGGAGGGCGCUUCAGGGAGCUCUACUAUUGGGACUCCUACUGGGUCAUCAACGGGCUCCUGCUGUCAGAGAUGACAGACACGGCCUAUGGGAUGAUUCAGAACUUCCUCUACCUUGUCAACAGAUAUGGCUUCGUUCCAAAUGGUGGGCGGAUUUACUAUGAAAGGCGCAGUCAGCCUCCCUUCCUCCCCCUGAUGGUGGAGAGCUACUAUCAAGCAACCAAGGAUAAAGAGUUCCUCAGAGCAGCCUUGCCGACUCUGGAGCACGAGUACCGAUUUUGGAUGCAGAACCGUUCUGUGAAAGUAGAUGGGACAGAGCAUGUGCUGAACAGGUAUCAUGUGCAGGUGGACCUGCCCAGGCCCGAGUCCUACACCGAUGAUCUGGAAUUAGCCGAAGGACUCAGUGAUGUGCAUAAGGAGCAGCUGUGGACUGAUCUGAAAGCAGGAGCGGAGUCUGGUUGGGACUUUACAUCCCGCUGGUACAUAGAAGGUGACGGCCACAACAGCGACACCCUCAGCGCGACCCGCACCAGUCAGAUCCUGCCGGCCGACCUCAACGCUCUGCUGUGCCUCAACGAGAAGACUCUUGCUUCAUUUCACAGGCUACUGGGUGAUGGUGACUCAGCUGCACUGUAUGACCAGGCGGCAGCCCGCCGACUGGAGGCCAUAGAGUCUGUGCUGUGGGACGCUGAGAGGGGCGCCUGGUUUGACUACAACCUGAUGACGCACUCCAAACGCUUUGAGUUUUACCCCUCCAACCUUGCACCUGUUUGGGCGCAGUGCUUUUCUCGCCCUGAGAUGGGAGAGGCGGCAGUACGGUAUCUAAAGGAGAGUGGGGCUCUGCAGUUCCCCAACGGAGUUCCAACGUCACUGAGGGACUCUGGGCAGCAGUGGGACUAUCCUAACGCCUGGCCUCCUUUGCAGCACAUGCUCAUCGAUGGUUUAUCCAAACUUCCUUCAGAGGACGCUAAAAAACUGGCUUUUGAUUUGGCCCAGCGUUGGAUCAAGAGCAACUGGGUGGCAUACACAAAAUAUGAAGCCAUGUUUGAAAAGUAUGAUGUGAACGGAGAUGGCAAACCUGGUGGUGGAGGAGAAUAUGAAGUUCAGCUGGGCUUUGGUUGGACCAACGGCGUGGCUCUGCAGCUCCUGGACCAGUAUGGAGCGACUCUCACUUCAGAAAGCAGACAUCUGUCUCCUGGCUUCCUCCUGCCUCUGGUCAUCUCCGCCGCUCUCAUGCUUCAGUAAAUCAGAGGUGACAAAAGAGCCUGACUGGAGGUUGCGUUUUAUUAUUCCUGGUUUCACUUCGGUCCACUGACAGACUUCAGACAAACACAAGAUGACAUUAAAUUGAGACUAAAUUGUGCAUACUGAUAUUUUUCAGACCCCUAUAUGAUCAUCGUUCAUUUGCAGGCUGUGAUUUAUCAUAAUGCAGAAUUUCUUGUAUGAAUAUUUUAGUAUUUAUCCUCAGAGGUAAGUGAUCUCUGUUGAUUUGAGAAGCUUCUGAUCAUGUAGGGCUCUCUAGUGCUGCUCACAACAUUAAAUCGUCCCAGAUAUUAACUGAUAUUAGACAGUUAUCCACCUAACUGAAGUACAGAGAUGGUUGCUGAACUGUAGCUUAACUCCCUCUGACGCCUUCUGUUUGCAGGCUGAUUUUGGGAUGUAAACCAGCUCACGUGAGAAAUAAAAUGAGAAGUGAAUGCAUUCAACAAUAAUUACAUUUUCCCAGUUUACCUAAAAUGUAACGUUUAGGUCGUACACCUUCAUAAAUGCUGUAUUGUCGGUUCAUUACUUUCUUUGGCAUGAUUUUGCCUUCCUACACACGAGUGCACGUUAUGCUUUUUCAGCACAACAUCACAUGUUAUUAAAGUGAUCUUUGCAAUAAAAGCCUCCCAGUACCCCACCAAUCAAAAGCUUGUAGUGUUAAACUGCAGCAGUUUGGUUUGUGCUGGCGGUAACUUAAUGCAGCUCUGACACCAUUCAAAGGCAGUGAACAAUAAACUGCAAGGCCAACAUGAGAUGGAAUCAUGCUGGAUUACGUGCUCGCAUUUUUAUGCAUUCGUUUUCCUGUGAAUCCCCGGUACGUGUGAAAGUAAUCUGAAUCCAGCUGGGGAUUGGCGGACUCCGCCACUGAAUGUGUAUGUAUGUAUGUAUGUGUAAAUUAAAUGAAAAAUGGGGUCUUAUUUUAUGAUUUGAGCUUUAAGAAUGACAAAGAUAGUAGCCAGCUGCUUUUUUUCCAUCUAAGGUCCGCAGUAGUGAUGUAAUAAAACCCCUUUGGCAUUAAGAGUCCACUUUGACCUUAUGGGUUAUUGCAUUUUGAUGACUGAUGAUCUCAUUUUACAGUUUGAACUCGGGGAGUAAAAAGUUAAAGGGCUUGAAAGCUCCAUGAAUACAUUGCAAACAUUUGAUCAUAACAGCAUUAAAGAAACAAAAACAAC